AAAAGCAGAUUGCCAAAUAUAAAAGGGUUGAAUGACAUGCCAUGCUCUGUGUGUAAUGAUAAUUCUCACACUACRCGUACACACUGCCGCCAGAAUAAUCUGUGCUUCCUCUGUCAUCUCCCUGGUCAUUCAAGUUGAAACUGCAGUCAGAGAGACCAGCUGGCUUCCCACAACCAGCAGGAAAACUGAAUGAUCUGCGUGCAGGGGAGGACAGCGCAGAUCACCUAAGAGAUACUCCCACCUCGGAUUCUACAGACGAUGAUUGUGAGACACUGUACAUUAAUUACAACAGCAAAGUUCCACCACAAAAACACUGAUUGUGCAAGCCCUUCAGAGACUUUCAAAAAUCGACAGUCUGUUCUACACAGAUGUAAAUGUUGGAAGCAAACAUUCUCUCAAAGCAUUGGUUGAUAGCGGAUCAAUGGCAUGCACCAUAAGUGAAGAAGCUGAAGCAAAACUUUCCAACAGUCUCACAAACAUGGAUAGGAAACCAGCUACUGAUAUUGUUAUUGUUGGAUGCGGAGGUCAUGUUGUCACACCAUCUGCCUUGUAUGAACUCACUCUAACAAUUUUUGGCUUUAAAGUCAUAAUCCCUGUUUUAGUGGUUCCUGGCCAAACUGAUGAAAUGAUAUUGGGUAGUAAUGCCAUCAGAUGGCUCAUUUCACAAGUAAAGAUGACUUUUUCUGACACAACAGACUAUUCCUCUCAGAGUGACUUUCGUAAAGACAAUCUUCCCUGUUUAAUGUCUCUGCUGUCAGACUCGAUGAACCCAGGGGUGAAACCCGUCAAAGUGGGCACAGCCAAAAUCAAAAGCUCUGUAACACUCCAGCCCCUAUCUGAACAUUUAGUUUGGGCCAAAUUGCCUGCAUCUGAUGUUUCUCUGGUUGGAUGUUCAGUCAUCAUUGAGCCAACCCAGUCCAAGUGCAAGCCCAGACAAAUUCUAGUGGGGAGAGUAGUGGCGUCAUUGUAUGGUGACGGUUGUGUUCCUGUCAAGAUUAUAAAUCCAUCUGAAAAACCUCUCACUCUGAGAAGAAAUGCAAAAGUUGCUGAUGUGUCCUCUUGUGUUUCCGUGCAUGACUUCACGAAACCUUGAAUGCAUCCGAUCCAACACACAGUUCACCACAGACUCYGUAAAAACCCCAGUAACUGAAGAGGAGAUGUCACAUAUUUUGAGCGACAUUGGACUUCAGGACUUAGACAUCUCAUCUUGUGAAGUCUCCCUUGAGUGGAAAGAUAAGUUGUUGCAGAUCAUUCAACGGUAUGAAUCCAUCUUUUCACAGCAUAAAAUGGACUGUGGGGAGGAAAAAGGUUUUGUGCAUAGAAUACGUCUUGUGGAUGACAAACCCUUUAGACUACCAUAUAGGCAUGUCCCACCCUGCCAUUGUGAAAAACUGUGCACUGCUCUCAGUGACAUGGAGGAGUUGGGGAUUAUUCGUAAGUCACAAAGUGAAUACGCUUCUCCUUUGGUCCUGGUUGUUAAGCCCAAUGGAGAUCUUCGCAUCUGCAAUGAUUUCAGAUGGUUGAAUGUGCGAACUGUUAAAGGUGCUCAUCCAUUACCUCAUCAAACAGAUGCCCUCGCUGCACUUGGUGGUAAUGUGUUCUUUUCCACCAUGGACCUGACUUAAGGAUUUUAUAAUGUGAGGCUGCAUGAGGAUGACAAAAAAUUUACAGCCUUUUCUUUUCCGUUUGGCCUGCAUGAGUAUAAUAGGAUGCCACAAGGCUUGACCAACAGCCCUGCAACUUUCAUGCGGAUGAUGAUGUCUAUUUUCGGGGACCAAAAUUUCACCAGCUUGCUGUGUUAUCUGGAUGACCUGAUGGUCUUUGCCCCAUCUAAACAUGUUGCACUUGAACAACUCCGGAUGGUUUUCUC